CUGAACGACGAGAAUGUCAUAAACAAGCCGUCGAUUCCCUUCUCUAUCACUAGUAUUCUCAAUAGAGACGAUCCCGUCUCCAAGUUCUCCAAACCCGAUGCCAACCCAUCUAUCGAAUCUGUGUUGACAUGUCGUCCCCAACCUAUAAUCUCAUCGACAUCUUUAGUGCCAACAGUAUUUGGCACGACGUGUCACUUAAGUCCCGGUCAUCAUUUAGGCCGAAAGCAAACCCCAUGGUAUCCCUGGGCGGUGGCAUCGGGGGUACUAAGCGGAGAGCAUUCCCACCAACAAACAAGUUCUUCACACCUUUUUCGGGACUUUAAGAACUCAGUCUGCGAAAUGUACAAUUCUGCAAAAGACAGUCAUUCAGAGCUGACACUAGAGAUGGACAGUAGGGUUAUGUCACCGAUGGAAUCGAGUGAUAAGGAAAGCAGCAAUUUAAGCAGUAAUGAUGUCUCUCCCAAUUCAACCACAUCUAUGACCACAAAUAGCAAGAAUUGUGGUCCAAAUAAUGAUAACAACAAUAACUGCAGUUCUAGUAAUUCAAACAAAAAGAAGAAAUCAUUGAACGAUAGUAAGAGCGGUAAACCCCGGCGCGCGAGGACUGCGUUUACUUACGAGCAAUUGGUUGCUCUCGAAAACAAAUUCAAGACAACGAGAUAUUUGUCGGUUUGCGAGCGACUCAACCUCGCACUCUCACUACGGCUCACUGAAACACAGGUGAAAAUUUGGUUUCAGAAUCGGAGAACGAAAUGGAAGAAACAGAACCCGGGUAUGGAUGCGAACAGUCCGACCAUUCCUCAGUCGCCCAAUGGCAGUGUUUGUGGGCCAAUGCAGUCGGGGUCGCCCUCGUUUGUGUCGGGUGCGUACCCCACGGCUGCCCUCCUCUAUGCAUCACAACUAUCUCAGUCACAACUGUCGCCAUUCAUGAACGCGAGCGGCGCUUCGCUAUCAUUUCCUGCGGCGGCGGCUGUGCUCUCAUCGGCGGCCCAACACUUCGGUCAUCACCCGCUUAUGCAUCACUUGGGACACACA